CUCAACUUUCAGUGCUGAGUGAAAAGUUGUCGCGGGUGUGUCGUGCAAAAUUUCUAUCUCGAUACUUUCAAAGAAAAUGCCAAUCUUUUCCAAAUUUGCGUUGCUAAGAGGCAGUGAACAUCUUAUCAGACAACAGGCGCGUGGCUAUUCGAGUGCGAAGCCGGCCAUUGCGCAAUUCUCGGAAAUAUUGAAUGAACAAAUCAAAUCAAUCAAAGAUGCUGGCACAUUUAAAAGGGAACGCGUAAUAACAUCUUCGCAGAGCACCGAGAUAACAGUCCAGGGCAGCGAUAAAAAAAUAUUAAAUUUCUGUGCAAAUAAUUACUUGGGCUUAGCCAAUAAUCCAGAAGUAGUCAAAUACACAAAAGAAAUAGUGGAUCAAUACGGCGCUGGAUUAAGUUCAGUGCGUUUCAUAUGUGGAACACAAGACAUUCACAAGAACUUAGAAAAAAAAAUUGCCAAAUUUCAUGGACGCCAAGAUGCUAUACUCUUCCCUUCUUGUUUCGAUGCCAAUGCAGGUCUCUUCGAGGCAAUUUUAACACCAGAAGAUGGUGUGUUCUCCGAUGAACUCAAUCAUGCUUCAAUCAUUGAUGGUAUUCGUUUAUGUAAAGCCAAGAAGCAACGGUAUAAGCACAGAGAUAUGGCAGAUCUGGAAGAGCAAUUAAAAACAAGCGAUGCUCGUCUCAAACUUAUCGUAACAGAUGGUGUUUUCUCUAUGGAUGGAAAUAUUGCUCCUUUACCACAAAUAUGUGAUCUAGCAGAUAAAUACAAUGCUCUUGUAUUCAUAGAUGAAUGUCAUGCAACAGGGUUCUUUGGACCUACUGGUCGUGGCACUGAAGAGUAUCACAACGUUAUGGGACGUAUUGAUAUUAUAAAUUCAACUUUAGGAAAAGCUAUGGGUGGUGCUUCUGGUGGUUAUACAACAGGUUCCAAGGAAUUAGUAACGUUAUUGCGUCAAAAAGCACGUCCAUAUCUAUUUUCGAAUACCUUAGCUCCAGCAACUGUUGCAACUGGUACUAAAGUUUUAGAUAUGUUGCUUGCAUCCGACGAACUUUCGAAGACCGUACAAUCAAACACUCAACGCUUUAGGGAAGGUAUGAAAAAAGUAGGUUUCACAAUUGCCGGGGAAAAUCAUCCAAUUUGUCCAGUGAUGUUGGGUGAUGCACGUUUGGCUUCAAUAUUUGCAGAUCAAAUGUUAACUCAUGGUAUUUAUGUGAUUGGCUUCAGUUUUCCAGUUGUUCCAAAAGGCAAGGCUAGAAUUCGUGUACAAAUUUCUGCUGCUCAUACCAAAGAUGAUAUUGAUCAUGCCAUAGCUGCCUUUACCGAAAUUGGGAGAUCGCUCAAAGUCAUCUCAUAAAACGUUGGCUUUUUAAUUAGUUUCGAUGUUUGAAUUUUAAUUAAAAUAUUCUUGAAAAAUAUCUUAUGCAUUUAUAAAAUUAAUUAUCAUUUAUUAAAAUAUUGGUUUACU